AUGGUAUGCGGAUCCAACAAGUUACCCGAUGAGCGGCUCGCCGGUCUCUCCGCCGUUCACCAUGGAAGAGCAGCAAUAUCUACCGCCAGAACUCCCGGAAACAUACAGCCGAUUGCCCCCUCCAGAACUGGUCUCUUCGCCAGACUCUCUAAACUCUCUGUCAGACUCUCCAACAGCGGUGCUGUUCCCAUCCCCGCGGAUUCUCACUGGACCUGUGAUACUGGCGCAUGUCAACGUCUACUUGAAGUACAUGUUCCCCAUCAUGCCAGUCGUUCGCAGCGAAGAGCUCCAGCAGGAUUGCCACCACCCCGAACGGCUGACUCCCCAGCGCUGAAACUCGACGGAGCAACGCCCGUGGCGGAUACGUCGCAUUUUCAAGCCGGUGAAAAUUCAUUGAUGUCUGGCGAGGAACUACUCGCCGAAGCCGUCCGAGCAAGAAAAGACUGCGAUCCAAUCGAGGACAUGAAUUUGGAGAGCCUUUUGACCUCGUUCUUCUUGUUCGCUUCAUACGGGAACUUGGACCGACAAGACCACGCAUGGUUCUAUCUCUGCCAGGCGACGUCAAUGGUCUUCACAUUAGGGCUUCAUCGUGAAUCAGCAUACUCGGAGUUAAGCACAGAAGAGGCGGAGCAGAAACGAAGGGUUUUCUGGCUCCUCUUCAUCACAGAAAGGGGCUACGCACUCCAACAAGCGAAACCAGUAAUGCUCCGCAACUCCAUCCACAAACCACAAGUCCUCUGCUCCGACGACCCAAUCCUCGCCUACGGCUUCAUCAACCUGAUCGGCGUCUUCGAGAGCCUCAGCGUCAACCUCUACGACUGGGUCUCUGCAGGCGGAAGUGGAACCGGAAGAGACGGGUCCUCCGAGAUGCCGCCUACAUCUGCUAUCCAGGCAAACCUCAGCAAGCCCAUCUCCCUCGUGGGUGUCUCGGAAAUCCAAAAAGUCGAUAUCCUCAUCACCCAGCAGUGGUUGCAGGCUAUGAUGUGGAAGCUCUCUAUGACCCGUGCUUCGCAGCCGGGUUCACGGAAUGAAACCGUCCUCCCCUUCCAUCUGCCCGUGCUGGUAGGGAAGGCCGUGAUGACUGUUAUCGCGGAGGCCUCGCAAGGCGCCGUGGACGCGCACGGUAUCGGAAUGGAACAAAAACUCUUCGACCUCGGCAUCUCAAUCGCAGACGUCUCGCGCUCCCUCUCCACAAAAGCCGCAAACACCCUCGCCGAAUCCACAGUCGACCCCCGCGAGCUCCUCUGGGGCAUCCUCUCCACCCUCUCCCGCAUCCGCGGCUCCCAGUCCUACCUCUUCCCUUCCCUCCUCGAGCGCUGCAAGGGAACACUAGGCUUCGAUGUCCCAACGCCCCUGUCCAUCAGCGAUUUCACUAACCAGAACAUCCCCUCCUUCCCACCUGCCGUAUCUGUGUCUUCUACGAUGGCGUCCGAAACGACCUUUGGCCCGUGGCCUGCGCCUGCGCCUGCGCCUGCGCCUGAUGAUAGCGCUGCGAGCAGACCAGCGGCGAAUCUGAACACGGGUUCAUGUGCGUGGGAGAUCACGUCUCUUCCUGACGACUCGAAUGACGAGCAGCCUUCGGGGUCUGGAUCGGUGCCCGGCUCUCUCCCGGGGUCGCGGAUGAUUCCGCCGACCAGUAUGGCGGAGCUUUCGUUUCAGGAGGCGGGUUUGUUGAGUUGA